CGCGCCCGCGGUCCCGCCGGAAGGACUUAAGCGCCCCGGAGCCGGGAGGCGAACUUGGGACCCGCUGGCCUCGCUCGGUGCGAGCCUCCCUCCCCGCAUGCAGCCCGCCGAGCGCUCGCGGGUCCCCAGGAUCGACCCGUACGGAUUCGAGCGGCCUGAGGACUUCGACGACGCCGCCUACGAGAAGUUUUUCUCCAGCUACCUGGUCACGCUCACCCGCAGGGCGAUCAAAUGGUCCCGGCUGCUGCAGGGCGGGGGCGUCCCCAGGAGCCGGACAGUGAAGCGCUAUGUCCGGAAAGGGGUCCCGCUGGAGCACCGUGCCCGCGUCUGGAUGGUGCUGAGUGGGGCCCAGGCUCAGAUGGACCAGAAUCCCGGCUACUACCACCAGCUUCUCCAGGGAGAGAGAAACCCCAGGCUGGAGGACGCCAUCAGGACAGACCUGAACCGGACCUUCCCUGACAACGUGAAGUUCCGGAAGACCACGGACCCCUGCUUACAGAGGACCCUGUACAAUGUGCUGCUGGCAUAUGGGCACCAUAACCAGGGAGUGGGCUACUGCCAGGGAAUGAAUUUUAUAGCAGGAUAUCUGAUUCUUAUAACAAAUAAUGAAGAAGAAUCUUUUUGGCUGUUAGAUGCUCUUGUUGGAAGAAUACUACCAGAUUACUACAGCCCGGCCAUGCUGGGCCUGAAGACCGACCAGGAGGUCCUCGGGGAGCUGGUGCGGGCGAAGCUGCCGGCUGUGGGGGCCCUGAUGGAGCGUCUCGGUGUGCUGUGGACGCUGCUGGUGUCCCGCUGGUUCAUCUGCCUGUUUGUGGACAUCUUGCCCGUGGAGACAGUGCUUCGGAUCUGGGACUGUUUGUUUAACGAAGGCUCGAAGAUUAUCUUCCGGGUGGCCCUGACCUUAAUUAAGCAGCACCAGGAGUUGAUUUUGGAAGCCACCAGCGUUCCAGACAUUUGCGAUAAGUUUAAGCAGAUAACGAAAGGGAGUUUCGUGAUGGAGUGUCACACGUUUAUGCAGAAAAUAUUUUCAGAACCUGGAAGCUUAUCCAUGGCCACCGUCGCCAAGCUCCGCGAGAGCUGCAGGGCCCGGCUGCUGGCACAGGGUUUGCUGAGGAUAAUGGCUUCCAGCUCCAUCCAUGUCCCUGCAGGGGACAAGAUCUCAUACCUCUUUAUGGCUGCAUAGUAUUCCAUGGUAUCUAUGUAUGAAAGGUAAUUUUUUUAAUGAUUUAAAAAUUAUCAUGUUACAUGAAUGAACCAGACAACCGUGCCAGGCACUCGGGCCACUCCCAACACCACUCCCUACGUCUGGCACCAAGCCCACCCUCACCCCCCGUUUCCCUGACGUCCUUCCUUCUCUCAUGAGCUCCCAUUUUAGCUGACAAAAGGACAAGGCCCACCCAAAAAAGAAAGAGGCUUUUUAUUACAUUGUUACAGGCAAUGCAUUACGUGAGCUGGUCCCGUGUACAAUCCCCAAGCCACGGCGAAACAUCAGGAGAACGCACCGAUCUCACAUUGUACACAGCGCAGAACAGGAUCACCCCGAA